AUGCGGCGGGCGGAGGCGGAAUACGGCGGAUGGGGAGUGGGUUCCGUGGUGGCAAUGCUGUGCAUAGUGAUGCUUCUGAUCUUUCUGCCGCUCGGAAUGGGGCCCGGCCCGGUUCAACCCCCACCAUUGUCCCUGCUCUUCAUUUUCCCUGUUUUGAUGGCUGCCAUUCUCAUUUACCUUUCUUAUGCUUCCAAGAGUCAUUAAUUUUUACAAAGUUUUUAUAGAACUUAGUGGUGGUGGUCUUAAUCCAGUUUACUAGUACUAUGAUGUUUGUUCUUGCAUAGGAGGAUGGUUCCAGAAUAGACAUUUGCGGCAACCUAAUGUAACUAUUUGAGAUUUCACAGUAACGUUGUAGCAGCAACGUUUGAUAGUAUCAUUUGACGUUCUUCUUUUAUUUGCUUAGUCUUUUCGUUUUCUAGAUUCUUUUUGGUUGCCAAUUACCAGUGAACACAAAGACGAAAGAAAAUUUGAAAUAGAGAAUUGAAAUGCUUUUAAUUCUGAAUAUGAGAAGAAUUUGCUGUUAUAAUGGAUUGGAGUUUAGUACACUAUUGUUUCGUUUUUA